GGUAACUCAAUACACAUUCAAAUGUACAAUUCUUCAUCCGUCAAGUUUCCCCUUCCUGCACUCGACAAGGCAACGCUUAAACCUCCUCUCUCACGUCCUUAUUUGCCGCCGCUCCUAGCCUCUUACAUAGCAUCUUCACCAGAACACCACCCCUCCUUGACCCUUUGUUGCCUUCCUUCCGUUCAUCGAUUCUUUUGCUCAUCGUCCGUUCAACAGUGUACUAGUGGGGUAGAUUCCAACCUGGUAACGCCUUCUUUGGUUGCUAAUCGUCGUCGAGAAAGAAGAACAGAAGGAGAUCAUGGUUGCUCAUUUUGGAGGCUUGGCUCUCUCGAUUUUCUCCAUGGAAAUUCUGGUUCGACGGCUUGUAUUGAAGGUGGGAAGGUCCUUUACAAUGUGGAAGACUUGACGGUUGAAGGUGAAGCCUGGAAGGUCGUGAUCAAAGCCAUCCAAGUGCCUAAUGCGAAACUGAGAAGUUGUCCGAUUUUUACUAAGGAAAAACACGAGUCUGAGGAGCUGAGGCUUCAUAUAUGGAGUUUGAGAAGGAACCAGGAGGUGAUUCAGGCUGGGAAAAAUAGAGUGAAAUGUUAUAAACCCAGAACGGGCAUUGAUUGAUCUCGACUUGGCUGGGAAGGCAAGGAUCGAAGGGUCCAAAGAUGCUAGCUGGAGGUGCCAAAAAUCUGAGCUCCAUUCGGAUUCCAUGUUCUUUGCGGAAUUACUUGUUAGUUCGUUUCCCAGUUGAAUUAGGUUAACUAUAGUCCUAGUAUUAGUUUGUUUGUAAUUGAUUAAACCUAUAAAAGGCCU